AUGGCGAACAUUGUCCCUUCCCCUGCUAGCACUCUCGCUUCCAAUGGCUCUCAUGAAGAAGAGGACGAGCUUUGCAUGCAGGCGCAACAACUCAUGUUCGCAUACAACAUCUCCCUAGUCCUCAGGGCGGCGAUCCAGCUCGGCCUCAUCGACGCGCUGUGCGCGGCCACCACCACGAUGACCGCGGACGAGCUCGCCGAGCAAAUCAAGGUCGCGGACAGGGCCGAGGUGGCCGCCUCGGUGGACAGAAUCCUUGGCUACCUCGCGUGCUUCAACGUGGUGAGGUGCUCGGCCGAGACGACGGCCCCCCACGGUGAGGUCCUGCGGCGGUACACGCCGGCACCAUUGUGCCGGUGGAUCACCAAGAACGACGGCAUCGGGUCACUGGGCCCCUUCGCCUUGUUCCUCACCGACCGGGACCACAUGUUACCCUGGCAUCACCUAGCCGACGCGGUGGUCUCCGGCGGGCCAUGUGCAUUCGAGAGGAUCCAAGGGGCGCCGUUCUACGACUACCUCGGGGAGAAGAACCAGCGGCUGGGCAAUGUGUUCGACCACGCCAUGGCCGAGCACUCGUUGAUUCUGGUCAACAAGAUGCUCGAGAGUUACAGAGGGUUCAACAGCAUUCGGCGGCUCGUUGAUGUUGGCGGGGGCACGGGCAACACCCUGCAGAUGAUCACCUCCAGGUACAAGCAUAUCACGGGAGUCAACUACGACCUGCCUCAUGUUUUAGCUCAAGCACCAUCUAUUCCAGGUGUGGAGCAUGUAGCUGGAAACAUGUAUGAGAGCGUACCCUCUGGAGAUGCGGUUCUUUUGCAGUGGAUUCCGCUUAUGCAGACAGACGAGCAGUGCAUCACGGUACUGAAGAACUGCUACAAAGCUCUCCCUGAUGGUGGGAAGGUGAUCAUCAUAGAUGGUAUCCGGCCGGAGACCCCAGACCCGACUUCUCUAACUGCACGGGACAUCUUCUCCUUGGAUAUCAAUAUGCUUAUCAUUUUCAAGGGGAAAGAGAGGACGGAGAGGGAGUUCACCAAGCUUGCCCGGGAAUCUGGCUUCACUGGUCCUAUGCAGACGACCUACAUAGUCUUGAAUUUUUACGCGAUUGAGAUUACCAAGUAGCGGCCAUACCAACAUACCACCAGCAUGGUCUUGAAUAAGAGCUGAUAGCUCGGGUGAGCGUGCGUACGACGUCUGAUUUAUUUG